AUGCCAGAUUCAGCAGAGCAUUUAGACAAUACUUCAACAACAGUCGCCGAGGCCACAAUAGCCGUAGAUAAUCAAUUGAAUGAAGGAUCAAAAAGACCAAGAAGAGUGUUAAAAACGCAUCGAAAAAGUGUUGAUGAAUCAAAAGCUUCGUCAUCAUUUCCACCUAAAAAGACCGAAAAUAUUAACACUAUUGAUGAUUUCGAUGAAUCAAUUACAACCGAAAGUUUAAAGGAUAUACUUAAUGUCACUCAAUCGUCAACGGAGAAUGAUGAUACAGGAAGGCCGAAUAAUAACCAAGAUUAUGAUGGUGCUUCUCAAAAGGGAGAAGAUGCUGAGACGGACGAAGAAAUAGACUCUGCUCAAAUACGAACUAUUCCUCCUUCUCAACAUGAGCCAACUUCAACUCUUCACGUUAAAAAUUUUGUUCGCCCUUUGACAAUUCCUAUGGUUAGGAAUUUGUUGGAACAAUUUGGCAGGAUUGAAUAUUUUUGGAUGGAUAAAAUUAAGUCUCAUUGCUAUGUGAAAUUUGAGAAAUUGGAAUCAGCGAUUUUGGCACGAGAAUCACUAUGGCAUACGAUUUUCCCGCCUGAAACUGGUAGACCCCUCGAACUUGAAUUUUUAACUUUCGAACAGGCGCAGGGGUUAAUUGUUGAAGCCGAAGAAAAAUCGGCGAAAAGUGGACACGGAGCUUCGCGCGAAGCAAGAGAUAAGAGGCUUAACGGGAAUAACAAUUUGGGAAAUGCGGCCGCGAUCCAAUUUCCAAUUCCAGCACCACCAUCACAACCUACAUCUAAUGUUAAGGUUAUAUCUUUAGAUACUCUUUUCUCAAAAACUUCUACAAAACCUACAUUAUAUUAUAAAACAGUUUCUCAAGAAGAUGCCAAAGCAAAGAUGAAAAUUUUGGAAAGAAGUAGGGGAAGGCGUCGGUCGUAA